CUUGAUGUUGUCGCCGCUUUGGCCGACUACUAUCAGCUUAGGGAAGAAGCCGUUCCGUGACGCCCCUAUAAGCAUUUCUUUUUUUUUUCGCAAUCUAGGGAUUUACUACUCGGCCACAUAAAUAUUUGCUUCUGGUUCUGGCAUCGAGAGUUUGGAGUUUAUUAAUUCGCUGGAUGAUUUUACAGCACCUUUUCUAUUUGCGCGAUCUGGGAGCAUGGCCUACGCUGCCAUUUAUGCACAACAUGUGCCACCAAAGUUUUAUUAAAUGCUAUUUCGCAAUCUCGCACAGUUCUACAAUCGGUUUAUGGUCUAUCUGGAGCAUGCACAAGGAAUGGGACAAUGGGAGAUGGAAAGGAGUUUGGCCGCCGCCAUUGCGACAUGGGAUUUUAUAUGGUUUUGCAACAGAGCUUUAUUAAUUUCGCUUUGAUCUAUAGGUUACGUUUAUUUAAGAGCUUGCUUUCUUUUCUACAUUCAGA